AAUAAAUUGUUAAUAAUACUAAUUUAUUUUUUAUUUAAAGCUUAUUGGUUGUUAUAUUUUAUGUUCCAUGUUUUGUUGUAUAAAUAUACUGUUCAAUAAUAAAACAAAUUGGCGCGGCAGCAAAGUGUCUUAAUAUUUGAUGCAAUUCUGUGUUACAAAGAUUUUCAGUAAUUUUUUGUAUUUAUGUACUUUGUAUAAUUAUUUGUGAUGGGUAAAAUAAGUAAAAUUUGGCGUCAUUUUGACAAAGUCAAUAAAUUGUCUGCUAAAUGUAAAGUAUGUGGUAAAAUAUGUUUAACGUCUGGCAACACAUCUAAUCUUCACUCUCAUCUUAAAAAUGCACACCAACUAAAUUCAAAAAUAAAGGAAUCACAAAAAAUUGAUAGUGAUGAUGCUGACCAGAUUGACAAUGUGUUAAUUCAAUUUGACAAUCCUACUUCAUCAACUAGUGAAACUAGUGAUACUGUUUUGUUAGAUAUCUCCCAAAGAAAAAAAUGCCAACCUUUAAUUGAGCACUGUUUUAAUUAUGUAUCAUCAAUGAAAGCAGGAGGAAUGAAAAAUUCAGAAAUAACUGAUGCAUUAAUUUAUUAUAUUUGCAAGGAUAAUGUACCAUUUUCCACUGUUGAAGGAAGUGGAUUUAGACAUUUUUUACAAGUGUCUUGUCCCCUUUACACAUUUCCAUCUAGGAAUACUAUAAAAAAUAAAUUGGAUUUAAAAUAUGACUAUUUAUCUAAAGUGUUUUCUAAUAAGUUGAAGAAAAACAAUAAUUUUACACUAACAUCAGAUAUUUGGACAGGUUUUCAAAUGAAAAGUUAUAUUGGUGUUACUAUACACUUUUUAGAAGGCACUCAAUUUAUAUGUGGUAUUAUUUCAAAUUACUUAUUAUGA